AUGAGCGUCUCCAGCGCCGGCCGAGAUGCCGAUGCAUUGAGCCUGGCCAAGAUCGCGUCCUACGAGGAUCCAAAUAAGACGUCGUCGCAGCACUCUCGCGAGAGCCGCUGGAAGAGGAUUGUCCAAAAGUUCAGCCUCAACAAAGACCCGGCUGCCAAACUGCCCAAGAGCUACGUGCCGUUGACCGAAAGGAACCUCACCGAGUUCUUCAAUCCGGACUACAACGACGAGCACGAUGCCUUCCACAAGACGGAAGCCGUUGAAGGCGCUCUGCCGAUAGACGCCAACUCACCCCAGAAACCGCCCUACGGCCUCUACGCCGAGAAGCUCUCCGGCACAGCCUUCACAGCCCCCCGCCACGAGAACCAGCAAACAUGGCUCUACCGCAUCCUGCCCGCCUCCGCCCACAGCGCCUUCUCCCCGCGCGAAUCCAGAACCUACAACACAAACCCCGAAUCCAAACCCCAUGAGAAGUUCUUCCAGAUCCCGAACCAGCUGCGCUGGGACCCCUUCGACAUGGAUGAAUCGGUCGACUGGGUGCACUCCCUCCACCUCGUCGCCGGCGCGGGUGAUCCAGCUACGAAAUCCGGCAUCGGCAUCUUCAUCUUCGCAGCUGGGCGCGACAUGGAUCCCCACAGCGCCUUCUACUCCGCUGAUGGCGACUUCCUCAUCGUGCCCCAGCACGGCGUGCUCGACAUCCAGACCGAGCUGGGCAAGCUGCUGGUACGGCCCAACGAGAUCUGCGUGAUCCCUCGGGGCGUCCGAUACCGCGUCACCCUCCCCGAGGGGCCCGUUCGGGGCUACAUCCUCGAGCUAUAUCAAGGCCACUUCACGCUCCCCGAGCUCGGCCCCAUCGGCUCGAACGGACUCGCCAACGCGCGGGACUUCCAAGCGCCCGUCGCGUACUUCGACGAGGACAACGACGGCUCCAACACCUAUACUCUGCUGAGCAAAUUCGCGGGUCACCUGUUCGAAGCAAAACAAGACCACACCCCCUUCGACGUCGUGGCCUGGCACGGCCUCUACUACCCCUACAAAUACGACCUGGGCCGCUUCAACACCAUCGGCAGCGUGUCCUUCGACCACCCAGACCCCUCCAUCUACACGGUGCUAACCGCGCCCUCGCACGGCUCGGCGGGGACCGCGGUCGCCGACUUCGUCAUCUUCCCGCCCCGCUGGCUUGUCGCGGAAGACACCUUCCGCCCGCCGUGGUUCCACCGCAACACGAUGAGCGAGUUCAUGGGGCUGAUCGGCGGCCAGUACGACGCCAAGGAGGGCGGCGGGUUCCAGCCCGCCGGCGCCUCGUUGCACAAUGUGAUGAGCGCGCACGGGCCCGACGCCGCGACGCACGAGAAGGCCAGCAAUGCGGAACUGAAGCCCGCCAAGGUCGGCGAGGGCAGCAUGGCGUUUAUGUUUGAGAGCCACCUCAUGGUUGGCGUCACGGAGUGGGGGCUCAAGAAGUGCGCCAAGGUGCAGGAGGCGUACAAUGAGGAGAGUUGGGUGCCGCUUAAGCCGAGGUUUAGGCGGCCGGAGAAGGGUGGCGAGGUGAAGAAUGGGACGGACGGGGCUGCGACUGAGGGGGGGAUUGGGGAUAAGAAGCAGGUGCCGCAUUGGACGGAUUAG